CAAAACGCUCCAUUCCCACGCUGAGUUUCUUCAGCCUUCAAGGCCAACAUCCUCCACUUGGCUCCUGACGCUCUGACUGUCACAGUGAGAACGGUCGCUGUUCAGUUGGGGGAAAGACGAACCUGUCAGUUCGGCGAGAGACCCCUCGCAACCAAGAUACGCUACACAAGUCUACUGCUGAGCCAGAAGCUAGAUUCCGAUUCCGAUUUCGAGCGGACAGCGGAUUCAGAAAUGCUGAGUUUGGCGGAGCUGAGUAGGAGUCCAUGAAGACCACUAGGCAGCUCGUAUCUACGCUGCGGUGUUGACUCCAAAGACAGCUGUCUCAUGUGAGCUUCACGUGGAAGUUCUCGGAAGAACUUCACGUGCCGCACGACACCAUUCUGUCGAUUAAAAUCGAAACUGACCACCGAUCAGCGUGAAAUUGAUACAAACUAUCAAGUUUGCUGCUCAAUUCGAAGCUUGCUCUUGACUGUACUACUGGCACUGAGGUCGCGGCCGUUGCUCAAAUCGGCCACGGUUGCACAGCGUUUGGGGAGAGGUGUUAGCGCGAAGGCCCCCAGGAAUAUGGAAGACUCCGUCGAGCCACCAAUCUUUGAGACGUGUUCGAGUCCUUGGGAAGACCCCCUCCUGUCACGAUUCUUUGGGUCGAGUUCGACUCCUUGGGAAGACUCCCUCGAGUCAUAUUUCCCCGAUAUUGUCGCAGCCGAAGCAACUGAGCUGAACGUGCCGCUGCUUGCCCCCUUUAGAAUUGCCACAACGAAGUUAGAAGUCGUGCGGAAUGUGGCGGUUCGAGUGGCGCUAAGGGAUGGGAGUGUUGGAUGGGGGGAGAUUCCGACACUUCCCCCGGUGACAGCCGAGGAUCAACCAACAGCUCUCAAGAAGGCAAGAGAGGCUUGUAAAUAUUUGAAAGAGCUGAAGGGAAUUCAACUGAAAAAGGUCCUUGAAGCUCUGGCCGAAAUCUGCCCGGGCCACGAGUUUUCGUCUGUCAGAGCAGGGUUAGAAAUGGCGGUGGUUGAUGCUGUAGCUCACAGCCUCCAACUACCUCUCUGGAAAUAUUUCGGAGGGUGCAGCAAGUCAAUCAGCACUGAUAUUACGAUACCAAUUUGUCCGCCAGAAGAGGCUGAAAUUCUAGCUCGCUUGUAUUAUGCAAGAGGCUUUAAAACAAUCAAGACUAAAGUCGGUGGAAGGGCAAUUUCUUUAGAUAUCGCUCUGUUGAAAGCGAUCCGACGAGGACAUCCCACCUGUUCCCUUAUCUUGGAUGCCAACGGUGGAUACGAUUCCAAAUCAGCCCUCUAUGUUCUCGACGAGCUGCAUGAAGAAGGGUUGUUACCAUGUCUAUUUGAACAGCCAGUCCCGAGAGAAGACUGGGAGGGUCUUGGCCGUAUCAGCAACAUUGCAAGACAAUUUUACGGGGUUUCGGUGGCAGCUGAUGAGAGUUGUCGAGACGUCAGCGAUGCGAAACUCAUCAUAGAGGGAGGCUUGGCUGACGUGCUUAACAUUAAGUUGGCUAAAAUGGGUCUUUUAGAAGCUAUGGAAAUAAUCAGGAUGGUGGAGAAGUCAGGGCUGGGAUUAAUGAUUGGUGGCAUGGUGGAAACGCGGCUUGCUAUGGGCUUUUCUGCGCAUCUUGCGGCUGGUUUGGGAACCUUCAGCUUCAUUGAUCUCGAUACCCCUCUGUUACUGGCUGAAGAUCCUGUCCAUGGUGGAUACGAAGCUGAUGGUGCUGAAUACAAGUUCACGAAUGACUUCGGAAGUGGCAGCUUUCUCUGAAGAUUGAUCUCUAAAUGGAUCCUGGAUUUAGAAAGAUAUAUUCUUUUCUACAACGGCUCAUUGUAGAGGAGUCGGAAGGUUGAAGUGAAGUCUGGCAUGAAGUGAAGGAACGGUUGAGGACAGGGCUUAGAAUACACCGAUUGUGCCUCUGCACUAAAUUGGCAACAGCGAAGCAUGUGCAUAGAAGAUAAAUGUUUCAGUGCCUCAUCUAGAUCUCGAUGCAAGCCAAAUCUGAAUUGAGGAAAAAACCACGAUGUAGGCCCCACCUACUGUACAGAUGAUAGAUUAGGGGCCUACAUUAACAUUUAUUCAGUGGCACAAUUUGUACAUUAGCCAACGGAGCGGUUUGGUACUAGGAGAUGUUCUAGGCGUCACUUUUUGCGUAGGUCUCAGAUCUUAAGGUUGCCUAUACUGUACUGUAAACUAUAUUGUCCACAGCGUGGGCACUGCGAACGAUCCAAGGCAUUGUUUCAACAAUAAGUAUCACGCUGUAAAUUAGGAGGAUUCUUUAUAAGAUGCAUCUUAUGUAUCCCACCACUGCAGAAAACAGUAAGCAAAUUUAUUACUUG